GAGAGGACAAAUCACCAGCACCUCUUCUGGAAUGUUGACCCGGUCUGGAGAGAAGCGUCGCCGUCUGGAAAGGCAGAGGAAGGGGCCUAAGUCACUGGACAUCAGGAGAUCCUUCAUAUUGGCUGUUCCAGACCUGUUGCUGACCACUCUGGAGGAGCUCAUUGAAGAACAGCUGGAGACAUUUCAGUCUCACCUGACAACAUCCCAGCUGCCUGGCUUUCCUCCCAUCCCAGAGAGCCAGCUGGAGAACGUUGACAGACAGGACACAGUGGAUCAGAUGGUGCAGAGAUACGGCCCUGAGGAAGCUGUGGAGAUCACAGUGGAGAUCCUGAGGGAGAUGAAUCUGCAUGAUCUCGCUAAAAAGUUACAAAGAGAUCACAGAGGAAAGAAAAGGAAAAAAAUUACAAAACCAGCUGGCGAUACAGCAGUUAUUAAAGGUAGACUCAGCAAGAWGACAUCAAGAAACACAACAGGGACAAAACCAAAUGUUUCUUAUCUGCUGCUGGGCGCUCUGGCAGAGCUGGUUUCAGAACAGCUGGAGAGCUUUCAGUGGCACCUGAUUCACGGUGAGGGCUUUACUUCAAUCCCACGGGGCCAGCUGGAGAACGCUAACAGACUGGUCACAGUGGAUAGGAUGGUGCAGCAAUACCACGAGGACGGUGCUGUGAAGAUCACACUGGAGAUCCUGAGGAAGAUGCGCCAGAACAAAAUGGCUGAUGAGUUAGAGAAGAAGUUCCCAAACAAUGUCUGAAUUGUAUACAGUAUGUCUACAACUGUAUACAGUACUGUUUGUCUACAACUGUAUAUGCAUUUGCACAUCAAGUCUUCUCUGGAGUUGGGCUCAGGGAUGGAACAACUGUUGAACGUCUGUGGUUGUUUUUGGGGGAAGGGUGGAUAGUGUGUAUGACUGGGUGUGGGGGAAGGGUGGAUAGUGUGUAUGACUGUGGGUGUGAGUAUCCUACAUAUGUUGCUAUGGGGUAAUGGUGUUAGGGACAAUAUAGGAUGAAUCACAAUGAUGUUUUGCCAAAAUAAUAAUUGCUUGCUUAAAAAUGUGAUUUUUGUAAUGCCAGUCCUGGUUAUAGGUAACAAUCCUUUGUAUGAACUGCCUAGAUUAUUGCUCAUAACUAUUUGUUAAUUGUAGACAUAAUGCAUUUGCAAAUCAUGUCUUCUCUUGAGUUGGGCUCUGGGAUGGAGCAACUGUUAAUGAAUAUCUUUGUGAGAGAAGGGUGGUAUGUAUCCCACAUCUGUUGCUAUGUGUCAGGACGAUAUAGGAGGAUCACAAAAAUUGUUUCCAAAAUAAUAAUUGCUUACCAAAAAUAAAAAAUGUGUAAUGCCUGUCCCGGU